AGUAUUGAUCAUCAGAAGAGAAAAUCGUAAAUUAAAGAACUAAAGAAAAUCUGUCACUCUAAUUUACACAAAUUGAUUUCCUUUAUUACUAAAUAAUACAACUGUAUAUUUAUACAAUAGAAUAUAUUAAGGGGGCGUUUGGUUGGGGGUAUUAAGGAAAGGGAAAGGGAAUGAAAAUACCCCAUUCCCUUUGAUGUUGUUUGGUUCGCAUUUUGAAUCAUUCCGUUUACCCAAUUUUAGGUUUUGGUUAACCUAAAUCACGUAAUCCCCAUUCCCCACCUCCCCCUCCACUUUCCCAUUCCAUUCCCUUCCCCAUUCAGCUCCUGCUUCCUUCCUCGCCUCCCUACUGCUGCUGCUGCCUCCUUCCUCGCGCCUCCCUCCUCGCGCCUCCUUGCUGCUGCUGCUGCGCCUCCAUUAACGGAAUCUCCAUUAACAGAGGAUGGAUGAAAGUAGUGCUAGUGGAGGUGGAAGGGGAAAAAACAAACGAUUUUGGACUGCCCAAGAAGAUAAGGCUCUUGUGGAAGCCUUGUCAGAGUUAGCUGUUGAUCCUCACUGGAGGUGUGAAAAUGGAUUUAGAAGCGGCUACAUGGUUCGCUUAGAGGAGCUCAUAGGUAAGGCUCUUCCUGGUUGUGGUUUGAAGGCUCUGCCACACAUUGAUUCUCGACUUAAGACACUUGUAGCCAAGUUUAGGGCUAUUUCUCAAAUGUUAAAUACAAGUGGAUUCGUCUGGGAUGAUGAAAAAAAAAUGAUUUCUGUAGAUCGGGCUGUUUAUGACGAGUAUUGCAAGAAUCAUCCGAAUUGCAAAAACCUGUUUGGAGUUUCAUUUCCGCACUUUCAUGAACUAAUGAAUGUUUACGGCAAGGAUUACGCUACCGGAAAACCAGCUGAAGAUUAUGUUGAAGCAAUACAGAAUUUGCAAAACGUUGCCCCUCCACAAGUUACACUUGAUUCAAGUGAUGAUGAGGGAAUUGAUGCUAGUGGUAAUGCCACUCAAACUGUUACUUCUCCUCCUGCUAAAAAAAUGAAAACUGAAAAAACUUCUAAUAAAAGAAGUAAGAGAGGAAAUGCUGGUGAAGGUAGUUCUAAUGAGUUGGCUAGCUUACAAGCAUUCAUGAAAGACAUGAAUGUUCAUCUUUCAACUAUGGCAAAUGUGAUGGCCCGCACUGAUGAUCGUGAGCAAAAAGUAGUUGAACAGACUGAGAAAGUGUUAGAGGAACUACUAUCUUUUAAUUUAGAAGGUGUAACUCCUAACCAAGUUUUUGAAGUGGCUAACAUUCUAACCUCACAACCAAACAAGCUCCUCAUAUUUUCAAAGUGUCCCGACGCUUUGAAAAGUGAUUAUGUUAAGAGUCUUCUUGGAGGAAAUAGUAAUGCUUAGAUCUAAUGUUGUGGUUCCAUGAAUGAUUUUGAAAAGGACUAGAACACUUUUCGUAUGUAUUUUGAUCUACAAACAAGUCAUUAUAUGUAAUUAAUCGAGCUACGUUGUUAUUAUUUAGAGUUAUGUUUUUUCAAAAAAUAAUUUUUUCAAGUUUAUCAUAUAACAACUACUUAUUUUUGGAGAAAAUAUAAAAGAAUUUAAAAAAUCAAAUUUUGAUUCCUUAGCUUGAACCAAACAGUCACAAAGGGAAUCAUUCAGCAGUUCAUUCCGUUUCCUGAACACAACCAAACAACUAGGCUAAAUUAGGGGAAUCCAUUUCUUUCUCCUUCAUUCCCUUUCCUGAUUCCAUUCCGAUUCCCUUGUGCGAACCAAA